UCUGCUCUAGACAUAAUGUCAUUUUUCACCUUGGCGCCUUCAAAAUUAAUCCAAGAAUCCAGGGUUUUUGAAGGGCUCAAGAAAACACCUUCAUCAUUUCUUCUGACAAGUUUUCUUGGGAGUGUUGGGUCUCUGAAAUCCAAGGUUUUUCUUGGGUUUAAGUUCAACCAAUCUGCAACUGCUGUUUGGAGUUCCGUACUCGGUCCUGGUUGACCCAGAUUCUCGUUUCUUUCUCCAUGCCUUCUUCUCCGCAGCGUCCAGAAAUGGAGUCUGACCAGCCCUCUGCAGAGCCGGUGAAGAGUCCGAGAGGCAGACCCAAAAAGAAUGGCUCCAAAUCCUCGGGAAUGGCGUCUCAGCCGCUGCAGUUGAUGGCGCUGAAACGGCGCAGAGGCCGGCCAGUUGGGUCUGGGUGGAGGCAAAAGUUGGCCAAAAGAGAAGUAGAAAUGGGAAACGAUCAUCUGGUUUCUCCGUGUGGCCAUGAAGAUGGGUGUAGUGGCAGCCCAAUCCAACAGCAAAGCCUGAUCAUGGAUGUGCCCUUUCUUAAGAAGGUGUAUCCCUCUGAUGACAUCUCAAAUAUGAGUGGAAGCAACUGUGCCAACGACACAAAGACGGUAAAAGUAGGCUCUUACUUCGUGAAUCCAAGCCUGUCUAUGACACUGCAAGCCAUCAUCAACAAGCAUGGCGACGUUGCAAAGGAUUGCCAGCUCGAAUCAGAUUACAUGCGGACGCCUGUUUUAGAAGGCAUAUGUAAGGUUGUUCAGGAUCUUCAAAACAUCCAAUUCAAUGAGCUCAAACAGCAUCACUUGAAAUCCUUCUAUUCUGCUGUAAAAGACGCUGAACGCGUGAACUUGAAUGUAAAGUGGCUUCAUCAGCGACUUGAUGAACUGGUUCAGGCAGUGAAUUCGAUGAACCUCAAAGAUUCAAAGAGAAAGAGCAUGCAGAGGGUGGAAUCUAUAAAGAAAGCUUUGGAGUUGAAGAAGGUUGAGAUGGAGGAAAUUCAAUCUAAAAUUCAAGAAUUGGAAGGGCAGCUUGCAUCAGAGACAUUGGAGGAGGAAAUACUGAACAUCACCGUCACUAACAUUACAUCUAAAUACGAGUUUUUCGAACACAAGUGUCUGACUGAUGGGUUGCUUUAGAUCUUCCUCUAUGGAGUAUGGAAGCAGAGCUAUGGAUGAGCUAGAGCUGUAGUCAUCACCUACCUGAAGGAUGGAAGUGCAUCAAUCUCCACCUUUUGAAGAAGGAAGGCAAAUUUUUUGGUAUUUUUGGAGUGGAGCUCCUCCAAUCUUACUAAUCAAAUCUAUAUGGAUCAUGCUCCUUCAGCCUAUGGGCGAGGAGUGGCAGAAUUCAGCCCUUCUUGUUUGGUAUAGUUGUGUUGGAUUAAUAGGCUUGUUUGUGUAACAUAUGAAUGUUCAAACCCGUUUUCUCAUGUUGGCUCCUUUCUGAAAAGAAAAAAUUCUUUAUAUUGCCUACCA